CUUUUACCGAAAUUCUGUGAUUUCUUCAAAGUGUUUUCUAGACACACCCACAGCGUAGGUAUAAGGAAGUGCUAACACUUCAGAUCUGGAUACAGAGCUCUGAAGUUUCUUAUGUAGGCCACUGGGUUGUCAUUCACACACUCUUGAGGUUUUCAGAACAGGAAAUUAGGUGGGGUAAACUUUGCCUGUGAGAAACGUCACAGGCCAACAACUAUGCUUUCAGUUGAAAGAUGUGUUACCGUGAGUGGAACAGAGCUGAAGAACCAAGGCUUCUGUGUAUGGCCAGCAAGCAGGGUCGCCAUGAUCCUGUCCUCUUAUAGCUCCUUCCAGUCUGUUCUCUGCUGCUGCUGUUGCCGCUGCUCAGUACAGAAGAGACAGGUGAGAACUCAGAUAAGCCUGAGCAGAGAGGAAGAACUCUCAGAAAAACAUUCCCAGCGUCAGAGGCCGUGGUUCGCCAAACUGAUGGGCAAAACUCAAUCCAACAGAGGCGGGGUGCAACCCUCGAAGCGCAAGCCGCUGCCCCCCCUCCCGCAGGAGCCUCCAGAUGAGAGAAUCCAGGUCAAGGCUCUUUAUGACUUCCUGCCUCGGGAGCCUGGUAAUUUGGCACUGAAGAGAGCGGAGGAAUAUCUGAUAUUGGAGAGGUGUGAUCCUCACUGGUGGAAGGCCAGAGACCGCUUCGGGAAUGAAGGCUUAAUCCCAAGCAACUAUGUGACAGAAAACAGACUCGCCAACUUAGAAAUCUAUGAAUGGUACCACAAGAACAUUACGAGAAACCAGACCGAACGCCUAUUGAGGCAAGAGGCUAAAGAAGGUGCCUUUAUCGUGAGAGAUUCGAGACACUUGGGGUCUUACACAAUCUCUGUGUUUACAAGAGCUCGAAGGCAUACACAGUCUUCAAUAAAACAUUAUCAGAUAAAAAAGAAUGACUCCGGACAGUGGUACAUCACCGAAAGACAUCUCUUCCCCUCAGUCCCCGAGUUGAUCCAGUAUCACCAGUACAAUGCAGCUGGUCUCAUAUCUCGUCUCCGCUAUCCCAUUGGGCUCCUGGGCAGCUGUUUACCAGCCACAUCUGGUUUUAGCUAUGAAAAGUGGGAGAUAGAUCCAUCAGAGUUGGCUUUUGUCAAGGAGAUCGGAAGUGGUCAGUUUGGGGUUGUCCACUUAGGAGAAUGGAGAGCACAUAUCCCGGUCGCCAUCAAGGCCAUCAAUGAAGGUUCCAUGUCUGAAGAAGACUUCAUUGAGGAAGCCAAGGUGAUGAUGAAACUGUCACAUUCGAGGUUAGUUCAACUUUACGGGGUGUGUAUACAGCAGAAGCCCCUGUACAUAGUGACGGAGUUCAUGGAGAACGGCUGCCUGCUUGACUAUCUCAGGGAGAGGAAAGGCCAGCUUCAGAAGGCGCUGCUCUUGAGCAUGUGCCAAGACAUAUGUGAAGGGAUGGCGUACCUGGAGAGGAGCUGCUAUAUUCACAGGGAUCUGGCUGCCAGGAACUGUUUGGUCAGUUCUGCCUGCGUAGUAAAGAUCUCAGACUUCGGCAUGGCGAGGUAUGUUUUGGACGAUGAAUAUAUCAGUUCUUCUGGAGCUAAGUUCCCAGUCAAGUGGUGCCCACCUGAAGUCUUUCAUUUCAACAAAUACAGUAGCAAGUCUGAUGUCUGGUCGUUCGGAGUUUUAAUGUGGGAAGUUUUUACAGAAGGAAAAAUGCCUUUUGAAAAUAAGUCAAAUUUGCAAGUGGUGGAAGCCAUUUCUCAAGGUUUCCGGCUGUAUCGUCCUCACCUGGCCCCCAUGACCAUAUACAGAGUGAUGUACAGUUGCUGGCAUGAGACACUGCAAAAACCAGUAUUUCAAGAGUAACGGGAUUGUUCAUAUUCCAGAGAAGUGUUUUAUUUAGGAUGAUCCCAGUGUAUGCAGAUAGUCAUGAUUAGCUGUUCCACAAGGAAUCACGAAAGACCUGAGGACUGUCACGUAAGCUGUCAGUGGCAACAGGGGGAAUGCCUUUCCCAUCACAAUGUAAAUAGCUUAGGCCAUGCAGAUGGUGGCUGCAGUGAUUUGACUUAGAAUUUUCCAACUUUAUAAUGCCAUGUUUGGAGCAUCAAGCAUUGAUCUUUUCCUGGGAGAAUAGUAUUAAGUAGGAGCCUCCCCUGGGAUGCUGGGAAGGAGGCCAUCUUCCAGGCUGCUGCAGGUCACAAGAUUAAACACACGAUUACUGCAGACGUUGCUAAGCUGUGGUUUCUGGUAGAGUAUUUGCAUACAAUGCAUCUUUAGCUCAUGACAUUUUAAAGUUAGAAUGGGUUUAUUAGGAGAUGACUGUGUCCCAAGUCCAGGAGUAUUAAUAAGCAGGCACAUGUGCACAGAACAGCGUGAUCUUACAUAUUAUUUAUGAGCUAGAGAGGAAGAAGGGUGAAUAGGAAGAUCACAGAAGGAACAAGGAAACAGUCCAAAUUGCAGUCAGAAAAUUUACUCAAACAAUGCACAGACGCACGCACGCACGCACAUUGAUA